AUGAAGGACGUGUUCUUUUAUUUCGCUUUACUGUUCACUGGGAGUCUUCCUUUCGUGGUCAUGUUCUUGAACUACAGUCACUACCACGACCACCGUGCGCACACUCUGUCCCGUAACGAUGACAGUGACACAGUGAAAGAGGAAUCAAGUUCGCGCGGAGAACGUCCGGAAAUUGCGUCCGAUGUUGGAACUAAUCUCACCACGUAUAUAAGAACUAAGUUUGGACACUCGUGUUAUAGAGAAGAAGCAUUCGAUAUGUGGUGGGAACGUUACUACCUGGAUGACGAGCUGCUUGUCGCAGAUCAAGCAGGUUGCGGGAAAAGGCUGUCAGACGUAUUUAUCAUUGGUGCAAAAAAGUGUGCCUCUGACGCCGUCAGAGAUCUGUUAGCCAUUCACCCUUACGUUAUGUUCAGUCGUACCAGGAGUGCGGAAAUUCAUUUUUACGAUAGACACUACAAACAGGGUGUUGACUGGUAUCGAAAUCAAUUUUCCUAUGCUAGAGAAUGGCAACUCAUUCUGGAAAAGACACCACAGACCAUCUCCUUUCCAGAGGAUGCUCCAAGGAAGAUGGCAACAGAAGCAAAUCAAAACACAAAGAUUGUUGCCAUUUUGUGCGACCCCGUUGUCAGGGCAAUGUCCGAUUAUGAGCACGAAUUGAAAGUGAAAUGGUAUAAAAUAUUUAACCCUCCUUAUUAUAGAAUCAUACGCAAAUCAUUCAAAUUGUCGGUCUUUAACGAAUCAGGGCUGGUAGACGCUGGCAACGAGCUCAUCAAUAUGGGCAUGUACUCGAAACACAUGAAGAGGUGGUUGGAAUAUUUCCCGAAGACACAAAUUCAUCUGGCUGAUGGGAACGAUUUUAAACUUGAUCCUGUAUCAGAAAUACAGAAGAUUGAAACAUUCCUUGGAUUGCCAAACUUUGUACAACAGAAACACCUUGAUUUCACACGUUCCAAAUUUUACUGCAUAAUUUUUCCAAGACUUAGAUGUCCACAAUUGCGAAUAAAAGGUCGAGAACAUCCCACAUUGCCGGACGAAGAUCUAGCAAAACUAUAUGAUUUCUACCGACCGUAUGACAUUGAACUUCAACAGUUAUUUAACAGAACGUUUUCAUGGAUCAGUAAUGAAUGA